GAUUUUUCAAAGGUUGAGGAGCUAGUCCUUCUUGUUCAAUUUCAUCAACCUAUUUUUUUAUUUUUUUUUUAUAAAUCAAUAUAUUUGUGCACAAUUGUGAUUAAUCACUCUAGUCGAGUUGAAUUACAUAAAUAAAACAUCAUCUUGCACAAUUGUGAUUAGUCACUCAAGUCUGAUUCGACCACAUUUUACAGAAAAAUGGACAACACACAAGAAGUGAUAUUAAAAAAGGUAUGUAAAAUCUACGACAAUCUCUCGAGCAUAGAAAACCUUAAUCCCUCAAACGAUGUGAAUGACCUAUUUACCCAACUUGUAACAACAUGCACCACCUCAUGUAAUGAAUUUGAUGUUACUAAAUUACCCCAAGAAAUUAAAGAAAAAAUAGCUAAGCUAAUUACCCUUUGUGGAAAAGCUGAAGGACUACUUGAAAGUCAUUACUCAACUAUAAUAGGAACACAUGAAAAACCAUUAAACCACAUAAAAACCUUCCCUUAUUACCCCAAUUACCUCAAACUCACACAUCUAGAAUUCACUAUGCUCACCAAACACAUAACUCAAAAACCUUCAAAACUUGCUUUUAUUGGGUCUGGCCCACUUCCUCUAACCUCAAUCAUGUUAGCAACAUAUUACCUAACACAAACAUGUUUCCACAACUACGACAUUGAUCCAUUGGCAAAUUCAAAAGCUUAUGAUUUAAUUUCAUCACACCAAGACUUAUCAAAAAGAAUGUUUUUUCACACUAAUAACAUUUUUUAUGUGAAAAAUGUUCUUAAAGAUUAUAAUGUUGUGUUCUUGGCUGCAUUGGUUGGCAUGGAUAAAAAGGAAAAAACAAAAGUGAUUAAUCAUUUGGCCAAAUACAUGGCUGAUGGUGCUAUUCUUGUUGUGAGAAGUGCUUAUGGUGCUAGAGCUUUUCUAUACCCUAUUGUUGAUCCUUGUUGUGAUCUUAAAGGUUUUGAAGUUCUUUCAAUUUUUCAUCCAAUUGAUGAGGUUAUAAAUUCGGUUAUUGUUGCAAGGAAGUGUUCGGUGAAUCAAGAGGUUUACUUGAAAAGCAAGUGUUGUGAAGUUGAAGGUUUUAUUAAUCCUUUGAAUCAUGGGAAUGUUAUCGAGGAGUUGAGCAUUGAUGAGAAAGCUUAAUGUAUUUAUUCUUAAUAAUGCAUGUAAUUUGUUGUUGAGAAUGUUUAUUUGUGAUAUGAGAUUACAUUGCCGUAAUGAAUUCAAUGUUUUUUUUGGACU